AUGAUUUCUUUCUUUCUUUCUUUCUUUCUUUCUUUCUUUCUUUCUUUCUUUCGUUUCUUUCGUUUCUUUUCUUCAAAUCUAUCCAAUCAGUUAAGCCAUCCUGAUACGCUGUUGCCUUCAUUGGACUACCGAAUCUAUCUAUCUAUCUAUCUAUCUAUCUAUCUAUCUAUCUAUCUAUCUAACUUUUCCGUCUGUUUCUUUCUAUCUCUCUCUCUAUCUAUCUUUUUCCGUCUGUUUCUUUCUAUCUAUCUCUCUAUCUAUCUUUUCCCGUAUGUUUCUAUCUAUCUAUCUCUCUAUCUAUUGUGGAGACCUAACUACAAAUGGACUUUUCCACACCUUUAUAAUAUGGCUACCAACUCUGAUUUUCCAUACUUUUCUUUCAGUAAAAUAUGUAAUACGUUUUAUUCAUUUUCUCAUUUACUUGAUAAGCAGAAUUUUUUUGAAUUAUUUAUUUUUCCAGUCUCGAUUAUUUCCAUUGCGUACUUCUUGUCCCUAAACUAUUUCCCCUUUCUUUCUUUCUUUCUUUCUUUCUUUCUUUCUUUCUUUCUUUCUUUCUUUCUUUCUUUCUUUCUUUCUUUCUUUCUUUCUUUUUUUCGUUCUUUCUUUCUUUCUUUUUUUCGUUCGUUUUUUCUUUCUUUCUUUCUUUCUUUUUUCUUUCGUUCUUUCUUUCUUUCUUUUUGUCGUUCGUUUCUUCUUUCUUUCUUUCUUUCUUUUUCUUUCGUUCGUUCUUUCUUUUGUUCUUUCUUUCUUUCUUUUGUUCUUUCGUUCUUUCUUUCUUUCGUUCUUUCGUUCUUUCUUUCUUUCGUUCGUUCUUUCUUUCUUUCGUUCUUUCUUUCUUUCGUUCAUUCUUUCUUUCUUUCUUUCUUUCUUUCUUUUGUUCUUUCUUUCUUUCUUUCUUUUGUUCAUCUUUCUUUCGUUCUUUCUUUCUUUCUUUCUUUCGUUCAUUAUUUCUUUCUUUUGUUCUUUCUUUCUUUCUUUCUUUCUUUUUUUUUUCUUUCUUUCUUUCUUUCUUUCUUUCUUUCUUUCUUUCUACUUAUUUCCUUUUUCUUACAAUUUCAUCUAUCUAUCUAUCUAUCUAUCUAUCUAUCUAUCUAUCUAUCUAUCUAUCUAUCUGUUUCCUCUAUCUAUCUAUCUAUCUAUCUAUUUAUCUAUCUAUCUAUCUAUCUAUCUAUCUAUCUAUCUACGUUCACGUACAUAUGUAUAUUUAUCUAUUUCGCUGCUCAUCUGUGUAUCAAUCACCAUCUCCUCAUAUCUUUAGCUAUCAGUCUGUUCAUAUUUUAUUAG